CUUUGCGUCUCGAAGUUGGUUGGUUGCAAUUGUUUUUUAUUCGCGUUCUAUUUUUGUGUGUGACGGUUCCGUUCCGUGCCGUCCGGCGGAAAAGGUUUAUAAUUUCCAGAUUUUAAUGAUUCUCGAUUAGAUUAACGAAUUAAUUGCGAAAUACCUCCCGAUUGCGAUAUAUCUUCAAGAUGCAGAACGGAGACGAUAAUCCAGCGGCGGCGGAUGCACAAAAGGGUGAACAAGUCGAGACAACAGCUGAUGCCAAGCCUGUCCCAGAAGAGAUCACCAAGCAAUCCUUCCGGCUUAAAGUAUGGCGACACUUGGAGAGCAACGGCCUCGCCAUGUUUCCCCGGCCCGUCUACAACCGCAUACCCAACUUCAAGGGGGCGCCCGAGGCCGCCGCUAAGCUGGCAGAGCUGGACAUCUUCAAGAAUGCCAACACUGUCAAGGUCAACCCUGACAAGCCUCAGGAACCCGUCAGGGUCCUGUGUUUGGAACAAAAGAAAACCCUCUACGUGCCGGUUCCCCGCCUACAGACUGGAUUCCUCAACCGCUUAGAGCUGCCGGAAGGCGAGACCGGCCCAGCGGCCUUUAAGAAGGCCGUGUCGCGUAACGGGAUGGAGACUUAUGGGAAGAGUAUUGGCAUUGAAGACUCCGUAUCCCUGGACCUGGUAGUGAUGGGUUCCGUGGCCGUGUCCAAAGAGGGCUACCGCAUCGGCAAGGGGCGCGGCUACGGCGACCUGGAGUUCGGGCUGAUCAUGCACAUGAAGGCAGUCAAGCCCAACACUAUUGUCGUCACCACCGUGCACGAUUGUCAGGUGUUCGACACCUUACCGGCCGAGCUGUUUGGCCCUCACGACGUUCCCAUUGACGUCAUCGUCACACCAACUCAGGUGAUAGAGACACAGAGGAUGAGCCAGCGGCCGCCGGGCAUCAUCUGGCACCUGCUGUCCAACCGCCGCGUCGAGCUCAUGCCCGUGCUCGGACAGUUGCGAGAGAUUGAAAUGCUAGCGGGUCGGGCCUGCACGCUGGCGGAGGUGGACACGGAUGUGGAAGAGCGUGCGGCGCAGCGCGUGCGCAAGGUGCGGCGCCGCACCAGGUCGCACAAGAGCCAGAGCGAGGGCGAGGGCAACACGACGGAGGGCGAGGAGCGCUCGGGUGCGGGCGGGGCGCCGCGCCGCGGGCCGCGCCGCGGCGGCGGCAAGGGCAAGGGCGCCGACAACCACGACCACAAGCCGCGCCGCACCCGCAAGCAGAGACCCGUCAUCGACUUCUCCGUCAAGAUUUCGAACAUUAGCCCGAACACGCGGGUGCGCGAUUUGAAGCAAGCUCUUUCGGAGCGCGGGGUCAAGCCUCAAAUCAUGGUGUGGAAGGGUUUCCGUGGAUACUGCUACCUACACUUUUUCAAGCCUGGACCACAAAAGGGCGAGGGCGACAGCGCGGCCACAGUGAACAUGGACAGCGUGAUCUCGGCGCUGGCGGAGAUGUCGGUGGGCGGCAGCGGCGGCGAGUCGCCCAACCGCGACGACAAGCCGCGCCUGCUCGCCGUCGAGCCCGCGCCGCCGCGCGAGCCCCGCGUGCCGCGCGACCAGGCGGCGCAGGACGCGCCGGCCGAGCCCGCCACGCCGGCGCCGGCGGCAGCGGCAGCGGCAGCGGCAGCGGCAGAAGUCCACUGAUUCGCCUCGCCGGCCGUGCACGCGAAACCCAGGAUAUUUUGAUAACUCCCUUAUUAUUUGUACGAUCACUCGCUUUCGCACCCGACUGACUGCCGGCAGUCGUAACACUAAUUAUUUAGCUUUAAGGUCUAUUUUCCUUGGUGCCGGUCCACAGAAUUCAUGCAUUGUGUUGGGUAUGUUGCAUACUAUACGAACCUUAUUAACGUUAAAAAGUGUGUAGCGUCAAUUUUCAAACCAAAACUGACUGGCACCGACAUUCAAUGUCAGGUUUAAAUGGCACUAGAAGGGUAGAAAGGUUUUACAGUUUCGAUCAUAUACCGGGAUAUGAGUAUAGUUGUGCCGUUCUCGAGAACGUUCUCCGCUUUGUAUGGAGAACAUUCCCCAUAGCAAAGAGAAUUUGAAAUAGAGAGUUACUGUCAUGGUUAAUUAUUUAGCACAGUACAUCUAUUGCCAUCUUUCGACAGACGAUUAAAACUGUUAGAACGCCAUUUGACUUUGAUCAUUCUUCACUAAUAUGUGUUAAUUUGUUAAAUAUUAAUAUUAACGCCAUCUACUCGAGAGUAGGCUGAAGGUUAUGGCGCCAUUGCUUGAAAAGAUUGCACCAUACCUUUGGCCUAUAGUCGAAUAGAUUGCAUUAAUAUUUAAUAAGUUAACACAUAUCAGCGAAAGAAUAAGGAUCAAAGUCAAAUGGCGUUCUAACAGUUUUAUGUUCUGUCGAAAGAUGGCAGUAAAUUUACAGUGGCUACAUAAUUUACUUUGACAAUCCGUCUCUAUACACUCUAUUCUCUUUGCCCAUAGUAAACAGAGAACGUUCUUUAGAACAGCACAACUAUAAAUAUGAGCUAUGUUUUAAACAGGAAGCAUUUGUUAGUGAGUUACAGUUGUCAAAUGACGAUAUCCGUUUUACUUUGUGUCGUCUGCAAUCAAUAUUUAAACCCUCUUGAGUAAAUUUGUCUUAAGCACAAAUACUUAGAUUUUUUAAUUUAACAUAGCCUGAAUUUAAACUUAGCAUAUCCAAAGAUAGUGUCCGACCGGAAUAUGUUUUUUUUUUGCCAAAAACGAAAGUUCGGCCAGGGGGGUGUCAUUACGCAGUUUAGGUACAUUUGGCCGGCGGGCCUUCUGGGCAGGGUAGGCGUAUGGCAGUGGGCUGCCGCUCGACCGCACGAUAGUCGUGUUACGUGGCGCUCGCGCAAAGUAGAUUCACCGUUCGUGCGCGGUUAUAAGUUUCAAUUUUGUUGCAGGCGGCGAGUAUAGAGUAAAUCUGACUUUUGUGAAGGAGUGAAUUUUCUGUGCGGUAGUACUAUUAGUUAUUCUGUGGUUCGGCUUUGGCUCUAGUUUCGGCCGAAACCGAAACUUUUGUAGACUUGUUAAAAUCGUUGAAAAAAUGUUAUAAGACCGCUUUCAUACACAUAUUAAGACUGCGUCGAGCGUCCAGUGGCGCCCUCAUUAGGCGAAAUGUCGGGGCGAAGCCAUUUCAAUGUAGCCACUGUGAUUACAAAUGCAGUCAGAAGUCACACUUACAACAACACCUGAUGAUACAUACCGGGGCGAAGCCAUUUCAGUGUAGCCACUGUGAUUACAAAUGCAGUCUGAAGUCACUUACAACACCUGAUGAUACAUACUGGGGCGAAGCCAUUUCAGUGUAGCCACUGUGAUUACAUAUGCAGUCGGAAGUCACACUUACAACAACACCUGAUGAUACAUACUGGGGCGAAGCCAUUUCAGUGUAGCCACUGUGAUUACAAAUGCAGCCUGAAGUCACACUUACAACACCUGAUGAUACAUAUUGGGGCGAAGCCAUUUCAGUGUAGCCACUGUGAUUACAAAUGCAGCCUCAAGUCACACUUACAACAACACCUGAUGAUACAUACUGGGGCGAAGCCAUUUCAGUGUAGCUACUGUGAUUACAAAUGCAGUCUGAAGUCACACUUACAACACCUGAUGAUACAUACUGGGGCGAAGCCAUUUCAGUGUAGCCACUGUGAUUACAAAUGCAGUCGGAAGUCACACUUACAACAACACCUGAUGAUACAUACUGGGGCGAAGCCAUUUCAAUGUAGCCACUGUGAUUACAAAUGCAGCCUGAAGUCACACUUACAACACCUGAUGAUACAUAUUGGGGCGAAGCCAUUUCAGUGUAGCCACUGUGAUUACAAAUGCAGCCUCAAGUCACACUUACAACAACACCUGAUGAUACAUACUGGGGCGAAGCCAUUUCAGUGUAGCUACUGUGAUUACAAAUGCAGUCUGAAGUCACACUUACAACACCUGAUGAUACAUACUGGGGCGAAGCCAUUUCUGUGUAGCCACUGUGAUUACAAAUGCAGCCUGAAGUCACACUUACAACACCUGAUGAUACAUACUGGGGCGAAGCCAUUUCAGUGUAGCCACUGUGAUUACAAAUGCAGCCUGAAGUCACUCUUACAACAACACCUGAUGAUACAUACUGGGGCGAAGCCAUUUCAGUGUAGCCACUGUGAUUACAAAUGCAGCCUGAAGUCACACUUACAACAACACCUGAUGAUGCAUACUGGGGCGAAGCCAUUUCUGUGUAGCCACUGUGAUUACAAAUGCAGCCUGAAGUCACACUUACAACAACACCUGAUGAUACAUACUGGGGCGAAGCGAUUUCAGUGUAGCCACUGUGAUUACAAAUGCAGUCUGAAGUCACACUUACAACACCUGAUGAUACAUACUGGGGCGAAGCCAUUUCAGUGUAGUCACUGUGAUUACAAAUGCAGUCGGAAGUCACACUUACAACAACACCUGAUGAUACAUACUGGGGCGAAGCCAUUUCAGUGUAGCAACUGUGAUUACAAAUGCAGCCUGAAGUCACACUUACAACAACACCUGAUGAUACAUACUGAAAAAAACCUUGAAGCCAUUUCAGUGUAGCCACUGUGAUUACAAAUGCAGUCGGAAGUCACACUUACAACAACACCUGAUGAUACAUACUGGGGCGAAGCCAUUUCAGUGUAGCAACUGUGAUUACAAAUGCAGCCUGAAGUCACACUUACAACAACACCUGAUGAUACAUACUGAAAAAAAACCUUGAAGCCAUUUCAGUGUAGCCACUGUGAUUACAAAUGCAGUCGGAAGUCACACUUACAACAACACCUAAACCAAUAAUGUCUGUAUACGUAAAUCAGUAUAUAGGUACAUAGGUAUUAACAUUGUUGUCCUAUUUGUUCCACAACUUUUGGUCUUUGUCACAUAGUUUAGUUUCAUAGAACGAAGUACCAUUUCGUAAGUUUCGGUAAAAUAUGAUUUUUUGGCCGAAGCUGGCCGUAACUGAAACCGAAUCUUCGGUCGGACACUAAUAGAUUCGCAGCUUAAACAAUCAUUAUUAGUAACGAAACAGACCAGAAAUCAACGAUUCAUUAAAAAUGUUUUCUUAAAAAUUCAGUCAGCAGCAAUAGUUGCUAACCAGGCCAGUUCAAAAUGAUCUAGAGGUAAUUUUCAACACCUCGCCCGCUUAGCAACAUCUGAUUCAUAAAAUAGUAAUAAGCAUUUAGAAUUCGACAAGUAUGCAAUGUACUGUUUAACCAGAACAAGCGAUGGUUCGAUUUUAGUUUUCCCGAUUCGGACGAGAGUUCGCUCGAUGGUUUUUUGUUUUUCUUGCAUUGGACCGGCACUGUUAGAGAGAGUGAGCUAUAUUAAAACUUUAACGAAAAUAUCUUUACGAAUGUUUUGUUUUCUAGUCUAACGUUAGAUGUAAUUUUAUAGAGCCGUGAAUCUUAGAAAGCUUUGUUUACCCACGUUUCAAUAUAUUUUAAGCAUUCUUCCAUUACGAUAAAAGAAAAGAUGCUAUUUUAGUAUAUUAUAGAUUGAAACAGAUUUAAACAUAUUUUUAAUGUUUAAGGUGCUUUUAAAAGCGUCGUCCCAAUAGAAAUUUAGUUUGAAAGGAUUUGAUUAGUGUUAAGGGUAUUUAUUUCAAUUCGAUGGUUGGGACUUCGCUUGUAUCUUAUAUGUACGUGCCAACUGAUUGCAUGCGAUAUGGUUGAUACAUCGUUGAUUUCCGCCAGAAUUUGAUCGUUCAUUUUAGCAUUUUGAACAUAUCGAUGGAUGAAAGUUGGUUAUACAUUUUGAAAACUUAUGGUAGCAAGUCAAGUUACUUUUUCAGUAUUAGGUUAUAAAUGAUUUAAGACUCGAAAAGUAAUAUAUAUUUGACAUAAUAGGAUACGUUUAACAUGUGUAUUUAGAAUUGUGCGUACAUUACGUCCGCAUAGUAUUGGUCUCUUUUAGAGUAUAAAAUAAAAAUAUAUUUUAUAUAGGAAGAUUGAUUAUUUAUGGUGUAUUUUUCGAAAUUUUUAGUUUAUACGUUCUGUGUAGUAAGUAUAACCUUGGUGGAUAAUACAUACGCAUUUCACGUUUGAUUUAAAGUGUUCAUUCGCAUAAUAUGUUUCCAAGUACUUUUACUCACUUUCAAUAAAUUUUAAGCACUUAAAUGUAUUUAUGUAUAUAACUUGUUAACACUCUUUUUUUAGUUUAUUUUGUAAACUUAUAACGUUCGUAGCAGGCAGGGAUGGCUUUUUUUGUUUUGUAUUUUUUUUUAAUAAAUUUAUUAAACACUU